AUGGGUGCCACAGACGAAAGGGUAAGAGACAAAGGUCUUGAGGGCACUAUGUCUUUCGAUGAAUUGGUCAACUAUGCGAUUAAUCGUGAAGUGCUGCUAAAGCAAAAGGAAAAGGCGCAUCCGUUCAGAUCCGAAUCCAGUACGGCGGCACUGAUUAAACAGGAAUGGGAGAGGAAGACGCCACAAAGAGGAGGAUAUUCGGCACAACAGUUUAAGGGUGGACGUCGGUGGACCGGUAAAGAUCGAAAAUUGGCAUAUCUCAGGAUUCCUGUUGCAAUGGAGGAUAAGGUCAAUCGCAAACUUCAAGAGAUGUUGGACGCAGAUAUUAUUGAACCCGUUCUUGGCCCUUCUGAAUGGAUCUCGCCUAUGGUAGUGGUUCCAAAAGGAUCUGAUGACAUUCGAUUGUGCAUAAACAUGCGUUACCCCAACCAAGCCAUUCAACGAGAACACUACCCUUUGCCAAUCAUUGACAACCUGCUAAAUAAGCUCAAAGGAGCGGUUGUAUUUUCAAAACUCGAUAUUACCUCCGCUUACUACCACGUAGAGUUACACCCGGAAUCGCGUGAGAUAACUACUUUUAUGACAAGUAAGGGUCUAAUGCGCUUUAAGCGGCUUAUGUUCGGUAUAAAUUGCGCACCGGAGAUAUUUCAGCGCAUAAUGUGCGAGAUGCUUGCUGAUAUCGAAGGUGUGAUCGUUUACAUCGACGACGUUGUUGUGUGGGGAGCAACUCUUGCCGAGCAUAAUGAGCGACUGCAAAAGGUGCUGGCAGUCCUUGGAAAGAACCAUGCUCUGCUGAAUAAAGAUAAGACCGAAGCGUUACGAAGUUUUAUUCGAGGUGAAGUAGAAUCCUUCGGUGCUGAUCAGGAAAAAGCGUUCGAUGACCUACGUCAUGAGUUGGCGAGCACAGUACACCGUCUUGGCUUCUUUGAUCCGAAAGACCUCACCGAGCUGUACGUGGAUGCAUCUGCAGUCGGUCUCGGCGCUGUUUUAACGCAGAGAGACAGCAAGAACCAACCACGAAUAAUCAGUUUUGCAUCGAAGGGGCUUACGAAGACGGAGAGAGUCUAUCCACAAACACAGCGCGAAGCAUUAGCUGUCGUUUGGGCAGUGGAAAAAUUUUAUUCGUAUUUGUUUGGUAUACACUUCACGGUUUUCACGGACCAUAAGACACUGGAGUACAUUUUUGGCGGAAAACACCAAGAGGGAAAGCGUGCAUGCUCGCGUGCCGAGGCGUGGGCGCUGCGGCUACAACCAUACGAUUUUACAGUGGUACAUGUCCCAGGGUCUGAAAAUAUCUCUGACAUCUUCUCAAGAUUAUGCCAUCAAUCAGAUGCACCGUUUGAUGAAAGUUCAGAACAUUACGUUUGCGAGAUCGGGGAUGAGCUAUCGGCUAUUACUCUGGAUGAAAUUAAAAAAGAAACCAAUCUUGACGAUGAACUAAAGGAAGUUGUUCAGGCUAUUGAAACCCAAGAGUGGCCUCCGCACUUGUUUGCCUAUCAGGCUUUCGCUAGGGAGCUUGGAGUUUUAAAUGGUGUUGUUGUCAGAGAAGACCGAAUCAUACUUCCUUCAAAACUGCGACAAAAAGCGUUGGAUAUCGCGCAUCGAGGCCACCCGGGAGUAGUAACAAUGAAACGCAAUCUAAGAGAGAAAGUAUGGUGGCCGUACAUGGACCGGGGAGUUGAGAAUCACGUGCAGGAGUGUGCUGGUUGUGCUUCAGUCAGCCAACAGGGACCGCCAGAGCCAAUGAUUCGUAAAGAAAUGCCUGAUCGAGCGUGGCAAGAUUUAGCUUUGGAUUUUUUCUCAGCAAAGGAAUGUGCGACGUUUUUGGUCGUGGUUGAUUAUUACAGCCGAUUUUUGACUGUCAUUGAGAUGAAAACCACUAAUGCAUCCAAAACCAUUGAGGCCUUAGAACGUAUCUUCAGAGAGCACACCUACCCUGAAUCAGUUCGAACUGAUAAUGGACCUCCUUUUGCGAGUGAAGAGUUCACGAACUACUGUAUCAGGAAGAAUAUCCGACUCGUGCGUGCCAUACCUUAUUGGCCCCAGAUGAAUGGGCUAGUUGAAAGACAGAACCAGGGGAUCCUCCGAGCACUACGAAUUGCCAGAUCAUUAAAAGAAGACUGGAGGAAAGCUGUUGAUGAAUAUGUGUAUGCUUACAAUACAUCUCCGCAUUCUGUCACCGGAAAGUCCCCAAUGGAACUUCUCACUGGAAGGCCUGUGAAAGACCUACUACCUUCGCUAAGAACCGAGCCGUAUUGGAAUCGGGAUGAGGAAACGCGUGAUAAGGACACAAUAAAGAAAAUGCAGGGAAAAUUGUAUGCGGACAAACGACGUCAUGCCAAAGAAUCAGCAAUAUCCGUUGGUGAUACUGUCAUGAUUAAAAACUACGACAUGGGAAAACUGGAACCUAGAUUUCGAUUGGAGAAGUAUUCUGUGAUACAGAAAAACGGAAAUCUGCCACAGUUACCGGCUACACCGAUUUCAGAUGAUCAGGACGAUUCUCCGAAACAACCGGGCAUCGGAAAUUCUGAUAUGCGUACGACGAUAGCGGACAGGACGACUCGAAACAAAGAGUUUCAGGAACCUCCACCCACUAAACGGCCGAAGAGAUCCAUUAAGAUGCCAGCACGAUUUGAAUUAUGA